UGUCAGAGCGCAGUUCGUCUCGUGCAGCGCAGCCCUCAGAGACCGAAACAGUCGGACCCCGAGCGCUGCCCUCAGCAUCUCCGCCGUGACCGAGACCGAGACGAUCAUGAGCGCGCACCCGGCUGUGCUCGUGCUGUGCCUCGCGGCGCUGGUGAGCUGCGUGCCCAACCCGUCCCCGCUGCUCGGCUCCAACUGGGGGAGCCCCAGGAGGUUCGUGCACCUGCAGACCUCCUCGGAGGUGAACAACAUCUACCUGGAGAUCCGCAUGAACGGACAAGUGAGGAACACGACGAGCCGCAGCUCCUACAGUGUAGUUGUGCUCAAGGCGGAGACCAGGGAUCGUCUGGCCAUUUACGGGGUGAAGAGCAAGCGCUACCUGUGCAUGGACGAGGAGGGCAUCCCCUUCAGCUCUACCGUCUGCAGCAGGGAUGACUGUCUCUUCCACCACAAGCUGCUGGAGAACCACCGCGACGUCUACUACUCCUGCAAGAGCGGCCUGCUGCUCAACCUGGAAGGCGCCAAACAAGCCUACGAGCCGGGCCACAACCUGCCGGCCUCGGCGCUCUUCCUCUCCGAGAAGAACACGGUGCCGCUGAGGCGCCUCCUGCACAGGGAAAGGAGGAAUCGGCACAUGGACCCUUCAGACCCACUGCGCGUGCACAGCCAGCACGGGGAGGGCUCCGAAUCACUGCCUUACCCGGAUACGGACGUGGACGCGGAGCAGGAGAAUGAGCGAGAGGCCGAGGUGUCGGAGCAGGGCUGGGCCACCUCCAGGGAGAGCAUCACCUUCGGUUUCCACGACGACCCGCUGCAGGUGCUCAAUCGCAUGGACCCGCAGAGCCCUCGGAACACGGGGCACAUCGGCUAAUUUGGGACAGAAGCACCAAAGUGACACCUGGCAGCGGUGCGGUUUCUCCAGCUGGUCUAGGAAACGGUACCCUAUUGUUUUACCUCUCUUUUCUUGCAUUAUUUACACUGCCUCUAUCUUUUAAUCAUAUCUAAGUGGUGAUGGCAUUAGCUGGAAAACAGCCAACUAUUACACCUUCUUUCAGAACAG